AUGGGGGUCGAAGGAGAUCUGCCGCCGCCACCUCCCCCUCCGCCGCCGGCUCCCCCGGCGGCGCCGCUCAUCCUCGGCCUGCAACCCGCCGCGAUGGUAGAUCAUGUCGCCCGGGUCGACUGGUCUCUCCUGGAUCGGGUCCCCGGCGACCGCGGCGGCUCCCAGCAGGUGGGUCUCCCCUUUCGUCGUCCUCCUCUUCCUCCUCAAGACUCGUCGGUCGGAAACCAUUGAGACCCAUCGCGCUCAUCGCCGACGAACCAACGGGCAAUUCUCGGCGACGACGAUCUCUGACAGUCCCCGGAUUCGCCUCGGCCAUGUAGCGAGUUUUGGUGACGAUGGAUCCUCUCUGGUCAGGUCGCCCUCGAAGAUCUGGAGCAGAUCCUGAGGGAGGUGAACGCCCGCCAGGUUCCCCCCCUUGGUGAAGGAGACGCCGCCUCGCCAGUGAGGACAAUCGCCGGCGGCAGCGUCGCCAACACCAUCCGCGGGCUCACCGCCGGCUUCCGUAUCUCCUGUGGGAUCAUCGGGGCCUGCGGGGACGACGACCAGGGCCGCCAGUUCGUCGGCAAUAUGGGCCGCAGCGGGGUGGACCUCUCGCGGCUGCGGAUGAAGAAGGGCCCAACGGGGCAGGUGAAUGAACGAACUAACGAAUGCCCUUAUCACCUUUUGAUCCUCCUCGCUUGCUAAAUCAUGCACGGCCGCUGUUUGCGUUUAUGCUCACGAGAGAUCACCACCUCGCCUUCCACCUUCGCAGUGCGCCUGCCUGGUUGACAUCGACGGGAACCGCACCAUGCGCCCUUGCCUAACCCAUGCCGUGAAGCUCCAGGCCCACGAGCUGAGCAGGGAGGACUUCAGGAACUCCAAGGUGAGCUUGCUGCUCCAUUCCAUCUCAAGUCUGCCCAUCUGAUCAUCGAUCGAUCGGCUGUAUGUACUCCAUGGAGUCAACCCCCGCCCCCGUGCAGUGGCUGGUGGUGAGGUACAAUUCUUACAACCUGGAGUCGAUUCAUGCCGCCAUCCGGCUGGGCAAGCAGGAAGGAGUCUCCAUUUCCAUGGACCUGGCCAGUUUUGAGGUUUUUUUAUCUUCUUCUUCUUCUUCGUGCUUUCUCGACCUUGUUUCAGUCGUCCGUCUUCCCCACAAACACCCCCCUCCCCCCCCCCCGGCGUCUGUCUCUGAUGAUGCGCGUGGUGGCUUCGCAGAUGGUAAGAGACUUCCGCACACCACUUCUCAGUCUGCUGGAAGGUGGGCUCAUCGAUCUGUGCUUCGCCAACGAGGAUGAAGCCAGAGAACUUCUCAGGUAACCUCUCUCUCUCUCUCUAGUAUCCUGCAUGGAGACCUUAAUGGACCUGGGUGGAUGAUGAAAUCGAUCUUUUCUUCUUUCCGCGUCUCAGAGGAGAGCCCAAGGCGGACCCCGAGGCGGCGGUGGCGUUCCUGUCCAAGCAUUGCCGGUGGGCGGUGGUGACUCUGGGGUCGAAAGGUUGCAUCGCGAAGCAAGGGAGGAAGGUAGAAAUCCUCCGUUCACGCACCCUCCCCACCUUCUCGCCGGCGCCGGCUAGCUCUGGUACUUGGGUGAGUGAUACAGUCAAAAAUCUAUCGCCGGUCGUCGCCGCAGGUUGUUCGGGUUCCGGCGGUGGAGGAGUCGCAGGCAGUGGACGCCACCGGCGCCGGCGAUCUCUUCGCGAGCGGGUUCCUGUACGGGCUGGUGAGGGGGCUGCCGCUGGAGGACUGCUGCAAGGUGGGAGCCUGCACCGGCGGCUCCGUUGUCCGCUCCCUCGGCGGCGAGGUGAGGCCGGAGAACUGGCUCUGGAUGUACAAGCAGAUGUUGAUCAAGGGCCUGCCCCUCCCUAGCUCCGUCUCCCAUUCGUUUACUGUCUGA